UACGCACAGACGCGCGCGCGCCCCAGCGGCCAGUCCAGGUCUGAAGCCCCUCAGAGAAGCUGGAUCCUGUCAGCAUGGGGAGCGCUUGUUUUUCCCGGGCGGUCUGUUUGCUGCUGCUGCUCCUGAACGCUCGCAGGGUGAUGGGGAAUGUCGGACCGGCAGAUGCAGACGAGUGUGCAGAAGGUUCAGAUGACUGCCACAUCGAUGCCCUCUGCCAGAAUACGCCCAAAUCCUACAACUGCAUCUGUAAGCCAGGCUAUACGGGAGAUGGGAAGCAGUGUGAGGAUGUGGACGAAUGUAUGAAUGACUACAAUGGCGGCUGCGUCCAUGAAUGCAUCAACAUCCCAGGGAACUACAGAUGCACCUGCUACGAUGGAUUCAUGCUGGCCCACGAUGGACACAACUGUCUGGAUGUGGACGAGUGUCUGGACAACAAUGGAGGAUGCCAACAGGUGUGUGUGAACACCAUGGGAAGCUACGAGUGUCAGUGCACAGACGGCUUCUUCCUCAGCGACAACCAGCACACCUGCAUCCACCGCUCCGACGAUGGAAUGAACUGCAUGAACAAAGACCACGGCUGCGCUCACAUCUGCAGAGAGGCUCCCUUCAAAAGCGGAGUGUCCUGCGAAUGCCGACCUGGGUUUGAGUUGGCCAAAAACCAAAAGGACUGUACAUUGACGUGUAACUAUGGAAACGGCGGAUGCCAGCACACUUGUGAAGACACGGACACAGGGCCGGUUUGUGCCUGCCACCAAAAGUACGCCCUGCAUUCAGACAGCAAGACCUGCAUCGAGAAAGAUGAGGCUGCAAUUGAGAGCUCUGAGUUCAAUGCCACGUCAGUAGCUGAUGUGGACAAGCGGGUGAAACGGCGGCUUCAUAUGGAGAGCUGUGCUGUAAACAAUGGCGGCUGUGACCGGACCUGUAAGGACACCGCCACCGGGGUACGCUGCAGCUGUCCUGUGGGGUUCACUCUGCAGCCUGAUGGCAAAACCUGCAAAGAUAUCGAUGAAUGCGAGGAGAACAACGGAGGCUGCGAUCAUUCCUGCAGAAACACGGUGGGUUCGUUUGAGUGCAGCUGCCAGAAAGGAUACAAGCUUCUCACUGACGAGCGGACAUGCAAAGACACUGAUGAGUGCUCCUUUGAGAGGACCUGUGACCACACUUGCAUUAACUACCCCGGCAGCUUUGAGUGUUUGUGCAACAAGGGAUACAUCCUCUAUGGUCUCACCCACUGUGGAGAUAUUGAUGAGUGCAGCAUCAACAAUGGCAGCUGUGAGUACGGCUGCAUAAACACACAGGGUAGCUAUGAGUGUGUUUGUCCACCUGGGCAGAAACUCCACUGGAACAAGAGAGACUGCAUCGAGGCUGUGAAAUGUCUACCCAAUGGAAAGCCUGCACCACGAGCCCAGCUCAUCUGCACUAAGACUGGAGGCACUGAAGUCUGCUCCGUCUCCUGUCCCUCCAACGCUCUCUUCCUUGCAGAUUCAGAGAAUUACACUGUAAGCUGUGGAGUUCCCGUCCACCGAGACCCACUGGCCACACCCAUCAAGGAGUUUGCCAAGCUGAAGCUUAAAGAUGCCAAAUGUCACCUGAGCCCGCGAACCAAGGAGAGACUCAGGGAUCCCUCCCCACAGAACCUCCAAGGAGGUCAGUUCCUCUGCACCGAUGACUGCCAAGUAACGUUUGUCAACCUCAAGUGCGACUCGUCGAAGAAGCGCCGCAGGGGACGCAAGUCUCCGUCAAAAGAGGUCUCGAUCAUCUCAGCGGAGUUUGAAAUUGAGAUGAAGGAAGAGGAAGCCUCAGACUCCUGUAACAUUGACUGCGUGCGGAAGAAGACCAGGAAUAAACUCGCUAGUGCCAUGCGUACACUGAGGAGGUCCAUCAUCAAGCAGCAGUUCUACAUCCAGUUUUCUGGAACCGAGUAUGAAGUGGCCCAGAAACCCGUCAGGACUCUAGAGGGAGGCGAGACCUGCAGCACGGGUCAGGUCUUCCACGAUGGGAAGUGUGUGAGCUGUGGUGCGGGGACGUUUUACAGUGGUGAGCAGGAGCAGUGUGUCCAGUGUCCUCCUGGGACUUACCAGGACAUGGAGGGUCAGCUGACCUGUGAGCCAUGUCCCAGCACUGAAGGACAGGGCAUCGUCGGCGCCAAGAACGUGUCUCAGUGUGGAGGUCAGUGUCCUCCAGGUCAGUUUUCCACAGACGGGUUCCGGCCAUGCCGUCCCUGUCCUCUGGGCUCCUACCAGCCAGAACCAGGUCGGGUUUUGUGCUUCCCGUGUGGAGGGGGCCUCCUGACCAAAUAUGAAGGCUCGGUCACCUUCAGGGACUGUGAGGCCAAAGUCCACUGUGCUCCUGGACAUUUCUACAACUCCAGUACCCACCGCUGCAUCCGCUGCCCAGCAGGGACCUACCAGUCUGAGUUUGGCCAGAACUACUGCAUCAACUGUCCUGGGAACACCACCACGGACUUUGAUGGGGCCACAAACGUGUCCCACUGCAAAAACCAGCUCUGCGGAGGGGAAGUAGGGGAGUACACCGGCUACAUCGAGUCGCCCAACUAUCCUGGAGAUUACCCAUCAAACGUGGACUGCGUCUGGACCAUAAGUCCUCCACACAAAAGACGAAUCCUCAUUGUGGUUCCAGAGAUCUUCCUUCCCAUUGAAGACGAGUGUGGAGAUGUGCUUGUCAUGAGAAAGAGCGCGGUGCCCACCUCCAUCACUACCUACGAGACGUGUCAGACGUACGAGCGGCCGAUCGCCUUCACCUCUCGCUCGCGCAGACUUUGGAUCCAGUUUAAGUCCAACGAGGCAAACAGCGGAAAAGGUUUCCAGGUUCCAUACGUCACCUAUGAUGAGGACUACCAGCAGCUGAUAGAAGACAUAGUGCGAGAUGGGAGACUUUAUGCAUCUGAGAACCACCAGGAGAUACUCAAGGAUAAGAAGUUAAUAAAAGCCCUGUUUGACGUCCUUGCCCACCCCCAGAAUUACUUUCAGUACACGAGUGCGGAGUCCAAAGAGAUGUUUCCUCGCUCCUUCAUCCGGCUGCUGCGCUCCAAAGUCAGCAGGUUCCUGCGGCCGUACAGCUAGAACCAACCACCUGAUUCUGCACUUAAACCCUUUGAUCCUGCAUCAUUCCAGAUGUUCCCACAUGUAACACUGAAUCCCUCCUUUUUUUCUCUCCUUGUUUUCUUAGGAAGAAAUCCUAAUUUCCUGUAUUUGUCUCUAUUGUCACAUGAUGCCUUUCAACAUCGUGACUACAACACUAUAACCCCCCCCACCCCCCCGCCCCCACCCCGUAGCAAUGGUACACAUAAACAUGCAAAGUUUGACAAAUACAGGAUUUUGGAGGCCAGUUAUGAUGAUGUAGAAAUCUCUAUUAGUAUUUCAUUUCUGUAAUGUACACACACACACAUAUAUAUAUAUAUAUAUAUAUAU